GUCCGGCGCAGUCCGCGCAGGCGCAUUGCGGCCGGGCGGGCCUAGCGGGCGCGGUCAUUGUCCUGGCAGAGCGGCGAGCGGGUGAGUGUGGAUGCGGGGUUCCGCCCACCCUCUACCUGUGCGGGGGAUCAUACCCUGGCCCCGGAUAGGGCGCAGCCUCGGGGAGAGGGCGUGCAGGCCCAGCCCUGUUGGCCCCCUAGGCCUGUCUUCCUGUUCACCGUGGGCAGCAGAGGGAUGGCUGCUCAGCUGCUGACUGAUGAGGCAUUGACUGGGAGACUAGACCUGAAAUGAAAGAGUUGGAUCCAAAGAAGGACAUUUCGGAAGACAAACCCUCUGUUGUUGGGGUGGCCACAGGAGGACCGACGAGGAACAGUGCCAGGGGUCCUGGCUCAGAAGGAGUGUGGGAACCAGGCAGCUGGCCAGAGAGGCGGCGGGGAGAUGCGGGUGCCCAGUGCGAGCCACUGGGAAUUCCCCAGGGGAACAAACUCUUGGGGGGCUCAGUACCCCGAUGUCAUGAACUGAAGGCAUUUACCAACCAAAGCUGUGUCCUGGUUCCACCACGGCUGGACGACCCCACAGAAAAGGGGGCCUGUCCACCCAUAAGGCGUGAGAAGAACUUCUCCAGUAUUUCGGACCUCAGUAAGCCCCCCACGCCCUGCGUGGAGAAGAAAACCUAUGACUGCAGCGAGUGUGGCAAGGCCUUUAGCCGAAGCUCGUCCCUGAUAAAGCACCAAAGGAUCCACACGGGAGAAAAGCCGUUUGAGUGCGACACCUGUGGGAAGCACUUCAUCGAGCGCUCGUCCCUCACCAUCCACCAGCGGGUGCACACGGGCGAGAAGCCCUAUGCCUGCGGGGACUGCGGCAAGGCCUUCAGCCAGCGCAUGAACCUCACUGUGCACCAGCGCACGCACACGGGCGAGAAGCCGUAUGUGUGCGACGUGUGUGGGAAGGCCUUCCGGAAGACGUCCUCUCUCACCCAGCACGAGCGGAUCCACACGGGGGAGAAGCCCUACGCGUGCGGGGACUGCGGCAAGGCCUUCAGCCAGAACAUGCACCUCAUCGUGCACCAGCGCACGCACACCGGGGAGAAGCCGUACGUGUGCCCCGAGUGCGGGCGAGCCUUCAGCCAGAACAUGCACCUGACCGAGCACCAGCGCACGCACACCGGGGAGAAGCCGUACGCCUGCAAGGAGUGCGGCAAGGCCUUCAACAAGAGCUCCUCGCUCACCCUGCACCAGAGGAACCACACCGGCGAGAAGCCCUACGUGUGCGGCGAGUGCGGCAAGGCCUUCAGCCAGAGCUCCUACCUCAUCCAGCACCAGCGCUUCCACAUCGGGGUGAAGCCGUUCGAGUGCAGCGAGUGCGGCAAGGCCUUCAGCAAGAACUCCUCGCUCACGCAGCACCAGCGCAUCCACACCGGGGAGAAGCCCUACGAGUGCUACAUCUGCAAGAAGCACUUCACGGGGCGCUCGUCCCUCAUCGUGCACCAGAUCGUGCACACCGGGGAGAAGCCCUACGUGUGCGGCGAGUGCGGCAAGGCCUUCAGCCAGAGCGCCUACCUCAUCGAGCACCAGCGUAUCCACACCGGCGAGAAGCCGUACAGGUGCGGCCAGUGCGGGAAGUCCUUCAUCAAGAACUCCUCCCUCACUGUGCACCAGCGGAUCCACACGGGCGAGAAGCCCUACCGAUGCGGCGAGUGUGGAAAAACCUUCAGCCGGAACACGAACCUGACGCGCCACCUGCGGAUUCACACCUGAGCGCCGCCGUGCAGGGCUCUCCCUGGCGGUGCCCAGGACGGACGUCAGAGGGAUGCGCGCUUUGCCAGCAGUGCUGUGAGAAGUUCUCCCCUGGGGUGGGGACUCGGGGUCAGGGGACCUCAGGAAUGUGGGGUUGUGGAAGGGCUGGCUGAUCACACAUGCCCCCUCCUUACUGAGCCUCAGAAAGCAAGCCCCUCGGUGUCGGACGUAUCUGGGGACAUUUCAGGGUUCACUGUAACUGAGCCGUGGCCGCUGGUAACAGACAUCAGGGUUCCAGACUAGCUCUCUGUGUAACUGUCCUACGAGCUUGGACAGGUCACGCCUGCCUCCACAUCUCUGUUUCUUCAAUGGGAAAGUGGAGCUGGUGGAGGGGAGGGAGGAGGCAUCUCCCCCUUUGUCAGAGACACCCUGGAGUCCAGAUGCAGCUUGUCACCAUCUGCAUUGUCUCGGUGGGUUAGGAGCAUGAGGGCUUUCCUAUCCCUCCACCCACCAUUUCCCUGCAGUGCGCGCUGGAAGCCACCAAGCUAGGAAGUAGGCAGGAGUUUGCCGAUUGUUUGUGAGGGGAAAAAAAAAAUUUUUUUUUUCAGAGUUAGCAAAUAACAGUAACUACUGCUUUGAAUGCCAAAGUUUCUUAGAGUGUGCUGUUACAUUUUUUAAAAAUAAAACUUCUAAUUAAGGGAGACUGUGUCAUUUUAAACAGUCUUCUGUUUUGGCCAGUUGUCUGGUCAAAAUCGGCUUCAGUGAUUGUGGGAGGGGCAAGAGGGAAAAGAAACAGCAGCAGGUUUGAUAUUCAGGAUUAAAUAUGCAUGGAUUCAAUAAGUAUAUAUAUCUAAGCAGAGACUAUUUUUAUAGUGAUUUUUGCAGCUAAAUGGGAAGGCAACUGUCUUAAGUCCCUUCCUGCUACUGUAACAAAAGACCUUAGACUGGGUAAUUUAGAAACAAUAGAAAUUUGUCACUCAUGGUUCUGGAUGCUGGGAAGUCCAAGAUCAAGGCUCUGGCAGAUUUGGUGUCUGAUGGGAUAUGUUCUUCAUAGGUAGUGCUUUGAUGUGUGUCUUCACUUGGUUGAAAACAGCAGACUUCCUCAGGCCCCUUAUAAGGGUGCUAAUCCCAGUCACAAGGGCCCUGACCUCAUGACCUCCCAAAGGUCCUCCCUCUUCAUACUGUUACACUGGGGAUCAUGUUUCCAACAUGUGAAUAUGGGGAGGCACCAACAGACCAUAUCAGUAGCUUCAAGUGAGUUUCCUAAGGCCGAUUGAAGCUCUGUUUACACAGGAGUGUUCCCCAAAGUGUACUUUCUCUGGGGCCUUUUAGGCCAUCCUUUUUAUUUUACAAUUUGAUACUACUGGUUGCUAAUGUCCUGGCAUUUCCAGUUGUUCCACACUCCUUGACACUGGUGUACACGAAGAAAUAAUACAGAAAAAAA